AUGGUUACUUUUUUGCAAAAGAGAUGCCAAGCAAUAGAAAAUGUGGCCCACGCUACGGUAACGAAGACACCUAGCACUCAGACUGCUCAAAAAAUCUGCGCUGUCUGUAAUAAGCACGAUCACGUCGUCUACUCCUGUCCCGUGCUUGCCAGUAUUAGCCCGAGUGAACGCUGGAAAAAGGCAAAAAACGUUAAAUUGUGUAUUAACUGCCUUAAACCAGGCCAUCAGGUACAGCAGUGCAAAUCAUCUGCAUGUCGCCGUUGCUCGUUGAUGCACCACACUAUAUUGCAUUUUAAUUAG